GAAAGCAUGGAGCUGGACAAGAAAAUCCGGGAUCUGAUUGAAAGAAGUGCUUCUCCUGAUCCAAAAAGGGUCACCCCAGAGGCUGUGCCACGUCACAGAAAUGCAUGUUCUCCAAAGACUCCAGGGAAAAGAGCUUCCAUGGCACAUCUUGCAGAGGACACAUCUAGAAUGAGUGCUGCAGAAAGUUCUACCGAGCAUGCAGAAGAGUGCACUCAAUCAUCAAGAAGAAAGAAUGGGACAAAUUCUCUUGAACAAAAGAUAAAGUGUUUGGAAAAACAGAGGAAAGAGCUCCUAGAAGUUAACCAGCAAUGGGAUCAGCAAUUUAGAAGUAUGAAAGAGUUAUACGAAAGAAAGGUCGCAGCGCUGAGGAUGAAGCUCGACGCCGCGGAAAGACUCCUCAGCACCCCGGAGAAGGAGCGGCCUGGGAGCCCGAGGGAGGACGAGCGGCCGCGCCGCCGGAGCCCCGAGCGGCUGCAGCGCGAGCAGAAGGAAAAAGAAAGCCUAAAUGAAGAAUUACAUGAAUUGAAGAAAGAGAAUAAGCUUUUGAAAGAAAAAAAUGCUCUUGAAAACAAGAAGAAGGAGCAUUUGGAAUGUGAAAUAAAACGCCUUAAUAAGGCUCUUCAGGAUGCCUUGAAAAUAGAGUGUUCUUCAUCUCCUGAGGACUAUUUAAGGAAGUCUGAAGCGUGCUGCCAUGAAGAGAUGAGAACAGAAAUGGAAGUUCUCAAGCAGCAGGUGCAAAUAUAUGAAGAAGACUUCAAAAAGGAACGAUCAGACCGAGAACGACUUAAUCAAGAGAAAGAAGAGCUACAGCAAAUUAAUCAAAUGUCUCAAUCCCAGUUGAACAGGCUGACUUCUCAGAUAAAAGCUUGUCAGAUGGAGAAGGAAAAACUAGAAAAACAAUUAAAACAGAUGUAUUUCCCAACCUGUAACUGUGGCUUGGUUUUCCAUCUGCGGGAUCCUUGGGGAUCGACUGGCCCUGGGGCUGUGCAGAACCCACAGGAGCAUCCACCAGACUAUCAGUGGUAUGCGCUAGACCAGCUUCCGCCAGAUGUACAGCACAAGGCGAAUGGUUUCUCCUCAGAAAAGAAAAGCCAUCCGUAG